AUGGCAGUUAACCAGCAUUCCGGGUUUGUUUUCUCUGAGGAAGUUGAUAUUUCUGAAUUGGAAGACGUUUUUGAAGACUUGGCUUUGUUACAAGUUUCUGAAAACUUUGAACAAGAUCAGAAAUUUGAUCCCGAAUAUGACGAAGAGUUGACUCGCAUUUGUGAUCAAGUAGGAAGUGGUGUAUUAAAAAGAAUAAACAGUGGUGAAAUCAACAACGUGAGUGCAAAGCGAGUACGGCUUGAAGAACCAACGACAUCCCGUGGUAGUGCAGCAGCAGAGCAAUCAUCAACUUUGCAUGGAAACUUAGAGAAGGGAUUAUUUAUUUACGCUAAGUACUGGAGGUACACUGCUUCGCGCGCAAAAGCCGGUAGCGGAAAAUUGGAAUUAUUAACUGAUAUUGAUCAAAUCGCUUUUAUUAAAGCAGGCAUUAGAGGUGGCAUAUCUCAAUGCAGCAACAGAUAUGCUAAAUCUAAUAAUAAAUAUUUAGAAGAUUUUGAUAAAAAUAUUCCUUCGUCAUAUAUAAUAUAUUUAGAUGCUAAUAAUCUUUAUGGGUGGGCUAUGUCACAAUAUUUACCUGAGGGAGGGUUCAAGUGGGUUAGUUUGGAUACAAAUUUUAAUAUUCCUGAUACAUCAGAGUAUGGAUACAUUUUAGAAGUCGAUUUAGAGUAUUCUCAAGAUCUCCACGACAAACAUUCAGAUUUCCCAAUGUGCCCCGAAAAUACGCUAGGUGGCCUCAUUUCUGAGGGGGGGGGUCCCCCGGCGAAUCCACUGCGAUCGCGAUUUGAAACCCCAGCCAGCCAGGGGGGGGUCCCCCAGCGAUUCCACGGCGAUCGCGAUUUGAGACACCAGCCAGCCAGGGGGGGUCCCCCAGCGACGAGUCCCGACGAGUGA